CAUUGGGCAGAACCUGCGGCAGCUGCCUCUGUGUUCAAAAAUCGACGCAGUUCCAUAUCAGGAUGUAGGGAGGCCGGUGUAUCUGUAGACAGUAGGUAGCUAUGCAGUGAACGGUCAGCCUCGCAGCACUAAAACUCAGUCGCAUAGGGCAAGUUCAAUACAUAUCAGUUUACAGUCAAAAUAAAUGGAGACGAUGAACACAGAAACGUGGAUCGAUAAUGUGCGCGCCCUUGGGAUUUCUUACGUUAUGGGGAUGUUGGCUAGAUAGCUACUUAUAAAAUAUUGCAAGGUAUGCGACUGACUUUGCCUUGCGAGAGGAUUUAGGUUGCUGUCAGCUAACAAGAAUGCCAACGUUUUAGCUAGAUAACUACCAAUUACACUAGUCAGUUAGCUAGUUAACUAAUUGGUUAUACAUAGGUAGUCUGUCUUGUGGCAACAAAACAUAUAGUUUAUCACUUUUUUCUUUUACUGUCUAUUUUAGUUAGAUACCUAGUGUACCUAACUUUGGACGUGCUUCAUUUUGAAGGGUUUUACAUUGAGUGUGUUGGGGAAAGUUGGAAAUGAGUAGGGAAGCAAAAAGUUCUGGACAUGGUAUGGAACCGCAUGCGGCAAAUUCCAUGGGACCAAAGGAAAAUGGACCGAACAGCAGGACGAGCGCACCGAGUUCUCCAGAUCAAGGAGAGGAGUCGCAGUCUUCCGUCGGUGAUGUUAAGCAGAUGUGGAUGCAGUUGGCGAAAACAUUUGUGAUGAUUUUCCCUAUAUAUGUCUUGGGCUAUUUCGAGUUCAGCUUCAGUUGGAUUUUAAUCGGACUCGCGAUAUUCUUCUGGUGGAGAAAAAAUCAAGGAAAUAAGAACACUAGGCUGAACAGAGCGUUGGCAUUCUUUGAACACGAAGAGAGAGCUGUCAGGCAAAGUUUAGCAACUUCGGAGUUGCCACCAUGGGUUCAUUUUCCAGAUGUGGAGAGAGUAGAAUGGUUGAACAAGACAGUGAAACAGAUGUGGCCAUACAUCUGCCAGUUCGUAGACAAGCUGUUCAGAGAGACCAUCGAGCCGGCGGUGAAAGGUGCCAACGCUCACCUCAGCACCUUCUGCUUCACCAAAAUCAACAUGGGAGACAAGCCUCUGAGGGUUAACGGUGUCAAGGUUUACACUGAGAACGUGGACAAACGGCAGAUCAUCAUGGAUCUGCAGAUCAGCUUUGUGGGAAACACAGAAAUCGAUGUCGACAUCAAAAGGUACUACUGCAGAGCUGGCAUCAAGAGCAUACAGCUCCAUGGAGUCCUGAGGGUGAUCUUAGAGCCGUUGCUUGGCGACAUGCCUCUGGUUGGAGCUCUGUCCAUGUUCUUUCUGAAGAAACCUUUGCUGGACAUUAACUGGACAGGCCUCACAAAUAUGCUGGACAUUCCUGGAUUAAACGGCCUGUCUGACAGCCUGAUCCAAGACAUAAUUUACAGUUACCUGGUCCUGCCCAACCGCAUUGCCAUUCCUCUCGUGGGGGAGGUUCAGCUAGCACAGCUGCGCUUCCCAGUGCCAAAGGGUGUGCUGAGGAUCCACUUCCUGGAAGCCCAGGAUCUGGAGGGAAAGGACAAAUUCCUUGGAGGGCUGAUCAAGGGGAAAUCGGACCCAUACGGCAUCAUUCAGCUGGGCAACCAGCUGUUUCAGAGCAAGACCAUCAAAGGGACCCUGCAUCCUAAAUGGGGCGAAGUGUAUGAGGCCAUGGUGUAUGAGCAGUCGGGGCAGCACCUGGAGAUCGAGCUGUUUGACGAAGACCCCGACAGAGACGAUUUCCUUGGCAGUCUGAUGAUUGAUAUGAGUGAGCUUCACAAGGAACAGAAGGUCGAUGAGUGGUUCAACUUGGAAGAAGUCAGCACAGGAAAACUGCACUUAAAGCUUGAGUGGCUUUCUCUCCUCACCGCACCUGAAAAGCUUGAUCAGGUGCUGAUGAGUAUCAGGGCGGACAAGGUGCAGGCCAAUGACGGCCUGUCAUCGGCGCUGCUCGUGGUGUACCUGGACUCAGCCAGGAAUCUGCCGAGAAAUCCGUUAGAAUUUAACCAUGAUGGGUUGAAGCAAACUUCAUUCAAUAAGGCUCUCAAGUCUGGCAAGAAGGUGAGCAGUGAGCCGAGCCCAUUUGUUCAGUUUACCGUCGGGCACAAAACCUUCGACAGCAAGAUUCGGUAUAGGACCAAUGAGCCCCUCUGGGAAGAGGCCUUCUCCUUUCUUGUUCACAACCCGAAAACUCAGACGCUUGAAGCCGAGGUGAAGGACGAGAAACACAAGUGCUCGCUGGGAAGCCUGUCCCUUCCGCUGCUGCAGCUCCUGGAGGCUGAGGACAUGACGAUGAACGAGAGCUUCCCUCUGAAGAACUCUGGCCCCAGCUGCACCCUCAAGCUGAAGGUGGCUCUGCGGGUUCUUUGCCUGGAGAAGCUGACUGCGUCAGACCAGCCAUCCUCGGUGCAGGUGAGAAAAGCCAGCGCCACCGUGCUGCCGCAGAGACCCUACGCCCCCGAGACUCCUCGACCUGCCUCCAACCUCCCCCCCUCCGCCGCGGGCUCCAGUCUGGACCUGGACAGGAGGACAGAGUACCCGGAUCGGGCCUACUCUGGCAGCCCUGUCAAGCUGGCUGACAUCGGCAGGAGCACCUCUAGCCUGGCUAUCUCCGGCUCCCAUCAGCAUCUGGCACAUAAGGAGUCAACGCCCAGCAUUGCCUCAGACCUCUCCAUGCCCUUCGCCACCCAGGAGCUGCAGCAGAGACUGCGUCAGCUACACAAUGGAACAGCUCCCAGCCAGUUCCCCUUGGGUGAGAUUCAGCUCACGGUUCGACACAGUUCCCAAAGGAAUAAGCUCAUCGUGGUGGUGCAUGCUUGCCGUAACCUCAUUGCGUUCACAAAGGAUGGCUCGGACCCGUACGUGCGCCUUUACCUGCUUCCUGAGAAGAGCAGGACGGGCCGAAGGAAGACCCAAGUGCUAAAGAAGACCCUAAAUCCGGUUUAUGACCAAACGAUUGAGUUCAGCGUGUCCAUUGUGGAGCUGCACAGGAGGGUGCUGGAUGUGGCCGUGAAGAACGGAGGCGGCCUUCUGUCCAAACACAAAGGGCUGCUGGGGAAGGUGCUGCUGGAUUUGACGCAUGAAGAUAUGGCCAAAGGAUGGACACAGUGGUAUGAACUAACAGAAGACGGAUCACGAAACCAGCUCCAGGCCUAGACGGCAGGGCGAGACAGCACAACGUCACCUCAGCAAGCUUUGUGAGGCCUCGUCUUUACAAUCAUUGCAAAAUCAACCUGCUCUUUUAAAUAGCCUUACAAGUCAGCCAGUGGGCACGUCAUUACUUUGUAUUUUUAAUAUUAAACAAGCUGCAAUUUAAAAGUGUCUAUUUAUAUUAUUGAAUGCAACACAUUCAUUGCCACUUUUCCUCUCAUUUAUUUAUUGUGCAGUUGUGUUAGGGAAGCAUGAGGUGUUGAAGUAAAUUUCUGUAUUUUAAGAAAAAGCAAACAAACUGUUUAAAAUGUUUUCUGGCACAGCAGAUUUGUUGCCAUUUUUUAUAUGUGAAUAAUGUUUAACAUGUAAAUAGGAACUGAUAUCAUUAUCAUCAAUCUCUUUUGGAGACUUGCAGUGUUAAGAUGGGUUUGUAUCACUUUGUCUGAAUGACAUUCAUGGUGGAGACGUGCUAGGCUUUUUUUCAGUCACCAGAAAUUUAAACUUCAGUAGGCAAGAGUGGUGGAAGCUGAUGCAGUUUCCGUUUUUAUUUUGUGAAAGGAUGGUAGCCACCAAGAGACAAUUAUUUCAUUGCCUAUGUGAUUUGUACAUGUAUGUUUGCACAUUGUGUUUUAUAUUUUUUUAGCCAUUCAAAGAUUUUUGUGUUUGUAAUGUACAGUAGUUAUUCCUAAUACUGAUUGUCUGACAUCAUCAGUUCAUUGCUUCCAGAUGUCAGAAAAAAUUCCAUUAUUUAUUGAUUUGCAACUCAGUUUUGAAGUUUUAUGAUAACAGAAUGAUACCAUGUCAUAGCAAUAUCAAUCCCCAUGAUUUUUAUUUUUUAAUUGACCCAUAAUCUAUUUUAAUUGUACAUCUAUGUUAUUGUUUUUUCAUUUAUUGCAUACAAAAUAGACUACAGUGAGGCUCUGGGUUCUCUGUAAUUGUUCUGUCAACCUCUGAAAUUGAUUGCUUCUAGAUCAGAGGCUUUUCUUACUGGGAAAGACAUUAAGUGCUGCUUAAUAGCAUUGGUCAUCUAAAUAUAUAAUCUUCCUAAUUUCAUUUGAUUUCUCAGAAAAUCUGUUGCAAUCUAAUUAUAACUGUGCAAUUCAUAUCAAAAUUUUCUGCUGUGUAAAAUUUUGUUAAUCAUAAGUUUUCCUUUUGUUAAAAAAAUAUGUAUUUAUUACCUACAUACGCUGUCAAAUGAUAAUUGUCUUCGAGUAUCCCCAUUGCAAGACAUUUUGCCUUCUCCAUGUACUUGACCUUGUGCCUUAAAAACACAAUGUUCAGAAAUGUAAACAUGUAGGAUUUGUGGGCAUAAAGAAGGUUUUAAAGUUUCCUGGUUUGGGAAAGUUUCCUCACAGCUUUUCAAUAAUAAA